AUAUAAAUGUGUUGUCAGGCACUUCCGGUGUCCACCUUUCUGAAACAAGAUGACAGUAUACAACUUCUAUAUUUUUGAUAGAAAUGGAACUUGUCUACACUACGCAGAAUGGAAUCGGAGGAAACAGUCAGGAAUGGAUAGGGAAGAGGAGUACAAACUGAUGUAUGGAAUGAUUCACUCAAUCAAAUCUUUUGUGAACAGGAUAUCACCAACAGAUCUAAAAGAUGGAUUUCUCAACUUCAGAACAAGUCAGUACAAGCUUCACUUUUAUGAGACCCCAAGUGGACUAAAGUUUAUCAUGAACACAGACCUGUCUGUUGGCAACAUCAAGGAUGUUUUACAUCAAAUGUACAGCAAUAUUUUCGUGGAGUAUGUGGUGAGAAAUCCAAUGUGUUCCCUGGACCAACCCAUCAAAAGUGAACUUUUUGAGAGCAAAAUGGAUGACUUUGUACGAGGUCUGUCCUUUUUCCCAAUGCGUGUGGCAUAGUAUGGAGAAGGAUUAAUUUUUUAUUUAUUACUUCAGCUUUGUUUUGUGAAUUAUACAAUGAUAGAAAGUAAAUACUAAAGUACCUGAGGCGAAUUGGAAGCUCUAAGAAAUACAUGUACAAUUGGCAGAAAAAUUUAUGUACACGUACCAUGGAUUUUCCAAAUACCAGAUACAUUGGACAGAGCUCUACCAUGAAAGUAUUGACAUUUAAGGCGAAGCUUAUAGGUUUCCAUGCGAACAACUAGUAUUGUUUGUAAUAAUUUACUGUUCGACAAGACGAGCAUCAUCAACAAGAGAGAAACUAAUAUGUUCACCGUUCUUCUACAAGUGAGUAUCUGGACAGAGCUCUACCAUGAAAGUAUUGACAUUUAAGGCAAAGCUUAUAUAGGUUUCCAUGCGAACAACUAGUAUUGUUUGUAAUAAUUUACUGUUCGACAAGACGAGCAUCAUCAACAAGAGAGAAACUAAUAUGUUCACUGUUCUUCUACAAGUGAUCUUGAUUUACGUUUUCAUAGAUUGAAUAUUUAGCUACAUGUACUUACUUUCAGUUUAUUUUAUUUGCAAAGAAAUAUUGUAUGUUUGUAUGUAUGUAUAUGCUGUAUGAGUCUGUGGUAGCGACUAUUACGAGUAAAUGGUGUCAAAUCGAA